AGGUCCGGAAGCUGCCGAGCGAGUCCGGAAGUUGCCGAAAGAGAGCAGCGGGGAAGGAGGAUGGCGGAUAUCAUCGCAAGACUCCGGGAGGACGGGAUCCAAAAGCGUGUGAUAGAGGAGGGCCGAGGAGAGCUCCCUGACUUUCAGGAUGGAACUAAGGCCACGUUCCACUACCGGACUCUGCGCAGUGACGAUGAGGGCACCGUGCUGGACGACAGCCGGGUGUGCGGCAAGCCCAUGGAGCUCAUCAUCGGCAAGAAGUUCAAGCUGCCCGUGUGGGAGACCAUUGUGUGCACCAUGCGGGAGGGCGAGAUCUCUCAGUUCUGCUGCGACGUCAAGUGUCCUUUCUCAGAUGGUGAUGGGGGCAGGGGGCUGGGCCUCUUGGGCUGGUGACCAGCCAGCCCAUUGGUGCCCACUCACCCUCCGGCAGCAUGUGGUCCUGUAUCCGCUGGUGGCCAAGAGUCUACGCAACAUUGCAGCUGGCAAAGACCCCCUGGAGGGCCAGCGGCACUGCUGCGGCAUCGCCCAGAUGCACGAGCACAAUUCCCUGGGCCACGCUGAUCUGGACGCCCUGCAGCAGAACCCCCAGCCUCUCAUCUUCGACAUCGAGAUGCUUAAGGUGGAGAACCCUGGCACGUACCAGCAGGACCCGUGGGCGAUGACGGAUGAGGAGAAGGCAAAGGCAGUGCCGGUCAUACACCAGGAGGGCAACCGGUUGUACCGCGAGGGCCGUGUGAAGGAGGCUGCCGCCAAGUACUACGACGCCAUCGCCUGCCUCAAGAACCUUCAGAUGAAGGAACAGCCUGGGUCCCCUGACUGGAUCCAGCUGGAUCUGCAGAUCACACCACUGCUGCUCAACUACUGUCAGUGCAAGCUGGCGGCCCAGGAGUAUUACGAGGUGCUGGACCACUGCUCCUCCAUCCUCAACAAGUAUGAUGACAACGUCAAGGCCUACUUCAAGCGGGGCAAGGCGCACGCGGCAGUGUGGAAUGCCCAGGAGGCCCAGGCUGACUUUGCCAAGGUGUUGGAGCUGGACCCCGCCCUGGCGCCCAUCGUGAGCCGUGAGCUGCGGGCCCUCGAGGCAAGAAUCCGGCAGAAGGACGAGGAAGACAGGGCCCGCUUCCGGGGCAUCUUCUCCCACUGACAGGGCCCUGCUGGCCCAGCCACUCUGCCCAGCUCACUGCUGCUGCUAGCAGCCCCCCCGCCCCCGCCGUAUCAUGCUUCUCUGUAUAUAAAGGCCUUAUUUAUCUCUC